AUGGUAGGCAGCGAAAAAGCAUUGAGCAGGCGAUCAAAGAGAGGUAAGACGUUCACGGGCUGCUGGACCUGUAGGGCCAGAAAAGUCAAAUGUGAUCUGAGACGUCCACACUGUGAGAGAUGCGAAAAAUCAGGUUUAGUAUGCGGUGGAUAUGAUAUCAAACUGCGAUGGUAUAAACCUGUUAUUUUUGAUAUAUAUGGGAAUCAAUUGCAAAACAAUGGCAAUAAUGUUGCUAAACUAGCAGGUGAUACCGCGAUCGAUGAGCCGCAGUAUCGACGGCGUAAUAUAGAUUUUGUUCGCUAUGAGGAAGAGUACCAGUACUAUGAGGAUAUGGAUGCGGAGCUGACGGCACUGUUGAAUCCAGCUGCAGAUAAGAUAGCCGAAAACAAGACAUGGAUCAUCAAGAAGUUUGGUGUUUUCAGAGGGAUCGAAAACAUGGAAACGGUACCGGACAGGCCGAGAAGAAAGAAAAGAAAAAUGGAUCUUGAGAUCAGUAUGGGUAAGACAGCCGAACCUGAGACGCCAACAGUUAGUGUCACGGAGGAGGAGGCUUCGGGAACUGCAGCAGAUUUGGUUUCGACCGAUGUUUUCAUGAUGAAUUUCCCGGGUACCUCCAACCAUGAAUGGAUCUCGAACGAGCUUCGAGAUGAUGCAUUGUUGUCUGCUGCAGCGCUGCAGGGAUUUCCUUUGACUUCAUUUCCAAUGUCAUCUGGAAACACUACGUUGGAUGGUAUUGGUACAUAUGAUAUCGGCAGCAUGGGGACAAACGCAGUAACAAACUCCGCCACUGAUGUGGCUAAUGCUGCAAACGGCGGAGCAGCUGAAGAUGCUAUUUUACAACACGCUUUACAAGUGCUAUUCCACAGGAACUCACCCGUAGAUAGAGCUGCAGGAAAUGCUCAAGUGCUGAAAGAAGCAGAGGAAAUGGAGACACAGUUUCAAGAAUUAUCCCCGCUAAACAGAUGCAAUACCACUUCACUUUCUGAGAACACAAUCAGACUCGAUUGCACUCAACUGGGAUCAAAGAUGCCCGUUACAGCGAUGGAGGUUGUUCCUUCGGUGGUUCCAAAUUCGAAAAUGUUCAACCAACCGCAUUGUCCAGAUACUUUAUUGAAUUUGCCGACAACGGGCUUGAAGGUAAAGGGACUCACAAGAUUUUUGCUUAAAUACUAUUAUCAGAAUGUUGCAGAUUUAAUGACAGUCGUUGCACUGACAACAAAUCCAUGGAAAACGCAGUAUUUCCCCAGGGCCUUGAAAGCAAUAGGCGAUUUGGCUGGUUUAGGGUACACCUCAAAUUCCAGAAAUUCGCUUUUGAAUGCACUCCUGGCUGUUUCAUGUUUUAAUCUUAAGAGUAAGUUCAAUAAGAAUUCUCAUGAAUCUCAAUUUUUUUUAACUCACGGUAUUACUUUUCGGACACAAGCUUCAAACUUUCUAAGAGCCUGCUUAAACGAGACAGUGUCAAGAGAACGUUAUAAGGAUGUUUUAAUAGCAAUUUUAUCAAUGAACUCCAUUGACGUUGUGUGGGGAACGAUGGCGGACUGUCAACAUCAUCUCGCGAUAUGCGAAGAUUUUGUCGAAAGCAGAAUGAAACUGAGACCAAAAAUUUCACAAAAGGCGAAAGCAUUGCAUAGAAUCUUUUCUUUCUUAAAAUUGAUACAAGAUAGCACCGCAUUAGAUAAAGUGAGGGAAAAGGAAAUUGCUAUCCGAGAUUCUUUGACUGAAAAUGACAAAGAGAACGCUGAUGGAGGUGAUGAUGAAGAAGAUUCAGAGCUGUUAGAUAAAAAUGAUGGUCAAUAUAGAGAGUCCCUCAAUAAGAGCGAUGGCAAGAUACAUAUUGAAUUUGUUAAAAACUCAAGCUUGGCAUCAACCAGUGCAGGUACUACACCACUUUUCACCAAUAUUGCAAGUGAAAGUUAUUAUACAGAUGAGCCGAGAAGAUUAGAUACCGAUAUUUUGAGUACUGAUGCUUUGUACGGUUUACCAAAUUCAAUAAUUUUGCUAUUUUCCGAUUGUGUUCGUUUGGUCAGACACAACGAGUAUUACACUAUGAAUAAUAUGCCAUUACCGCGUCAGUUCACUAAUAUUUGUUUAAAGUAUGAAAAGAGACUACUUAAAUGGACCUCAGAAUGGGAUUUUCAUAAAAGCGAUUCGAAGACGUUCAUUGAUGACACUAUUGAAGGAGUUUAUCACCACACAAUGAGUUUUUAUAACAGCUUGAUAAUCUAUUAUUUUACGAUGGCAAGGAGUUUAGAUUACCAAUUUCUGCAAUCGUACGUUGCGAAAGUGCUUUAUCAUCUGCAAUCUCUAAGUCAUUCAAUUCAAUAUAAAAAUGUCAAAAUUGUUCCUUUAAUAUGGCAAGGUUUCAUUGCCGGAUGUGCUAGCAUAGAUAAAGAAUCACAGGAUGAAUUUAAGAAAUGGGCAGCAACUCUAGCUGCCAAUGGAAUGGGCUCCUACUGGGGAGCUCGGCAAAUCAUGUUCGAAGUUUGGCGGCGACGGACAAAUGAAGAGCAAGGAGAUAACUGGUAUGCAGUUUACAAAGAUUGGGAAAUGAAUUUAAUGUUAUCGUAA